AUGGCACAGGGAGGCCAAAAACGGAUAAUCCAAAUAACUGGAUUUAAAAAAGAAGAUAAAAAGGCGCUCUACGAAUACCUGUUAAAACUGCCCUGUGACUUUUUAAAUUAUAAGCAAUACAGAAAUUGUACACAUCUCAUAGCAAAAAAGCUGUCCAAGAGUGAGAAGUUCCUAGCUGCCUGUGCUGCAGGAAAGUGGAUACUAACUAAGGAGUACAUAAUUAAUAGUGCUGAAAGUGGCAGAUGGCUUGAUGAAACAACCUACGAAUGGGGAUAUGAAAUUGAGAAAGACACCCAUUAUUCACCUCAAAUGCAAUCUGCACCUAAAAGAUGGCGCGAAGAGCUGACACGCUCUGGUGCUCCAGGGGCCUUCCACAGAUGGAAAGUUGUCCUCCCUGCUAAGAAAGGUGGCAAAGAAAUGGCAUGUAUUAGAAGGUUCUUAACUCGAAAUGGGUUUGCUAGCUGUCCUCCAUGGCUGGGAAGGACUGAUGGUUGUAAUGUGAAUUUGAAUAAAAUACAAAAUACUGAAGAUACCAAAAUGAACCUGGCUGCACAAGGAGCAGACCAAGUCAUAUCUAGCUUGUCUCUUGCUGAUAUUAAAAAUGCUGUUAUAAAACACAUGUAUUUUACUGUGGCUGCUAAGCACAGGUUUGCUCAAAAACAGCCACUGGAUAAAUGCACUCCAGAG